AUGAUGCUGUUUGCAAACUAUGGGGUGUUUAUAAAGGUCCUACCAAUGUUAUGAUACACACUCAAGAUGGCCGAGAGUUUAAUGUUUGUUUAAGCGGUGCUAAAGGAAAGUUAUUCCUCUUCCAUGGUUGGUCCAAUGUUGUAGAACAUUUGAGUCUAACGAAAGGUUGUUUGGUAGUAUUUAAUCCCAUUUCGUCUACUACUUUUAAAUUAACAUCUUACGUUGAUGGCGUUAGUCGUGGCUCUUUUUGGACGUAUUUGCUACCUCCAUCAUCGCAUUUUUAUGUCAUUCCUGAAAGCAUCCUGCCAAAAGUUUAUCAAUAUUCAUCAAAUGAUGUAAUAUCUACUGUAAUGUUGGGUAACAAAAUUUUUAAUGUUGCCAUUGAAACAUCUGACGGUAAAGUUGGAUUUACCGUUGGUUUUGACGUAAUGGUCAGUAUGUUACAUCUGAAGGUUGAUUGUAUUUUGUUAUUUACAAAAGGUUUUGGCAAUUUUUUCCUUUUAAAAGUUUUUGGACAAAACGGACUUGAAGUCGAUUUUUCUGAUCUAGACAUCGAAGUGCCUGAAGUUGCACCUAUCGAUGCUGAAAAUGAAGGUGAAGUACAAAUACAUGGUUCUGUUCGUCGUUUUAGACGUAUGGCUGGUGAACGUUAUUUUAGGAUUCCGGAUCCUGUUUCACGGAUGGCUAGACUUCAUGAAGGUUUAAAAGAUAUCACUGUUAGGCUUAUGCAUCUCGAUCCACCUAAGCAAUUUACCAACGGUACAAGACGGGAAAAAAAAACAGGAGGAGGUUGGCGAUACGCGUUGACCGGUUGGAAGAAGUUCAUGAAAGCUGCUAGAAUUAACGUCCUUGACACGGUUCACUAUUCUUUUGAUGAGAAUGAGCAGGUGUUGAGUGUUGAACGAGUUGAACCUUACGAUAGCCGUACUAAUUAG